AUGGAGAAAUUGGCACUAAUUACUGUUAUACAAAAUCUUAUAUCCAACUCUGCAGUGAACGUCCGCUUCGCGCAGCUCCAGCCCACGGACACCAAGUUCCAGGUGCUCCGCCAGCAGAUGGUGAGGGCCAACACCAAGAACCUGGUGUACCACUGCCGCGGGGACCAGCUGGACUGCAGCGCGGCACUGGCCAGGAUGCGGUAUAAGGCCAGCAAGCACUUCUACGCGCUGGCCAAGGCGGUCGUGGAUUAUGUGAAGAAUAGACGCCAGGCGCGGCCUACGGGAUAUGUUGGCACAGCGACGUUCUGCCAGGACAGCAUCUGCGUGCCGGACACCGACCCACCAAUCGUGUUGGGCGGCUGCUCCGCGCUGAUUGGCUGCGGAGGCAAUGCGUCAUGGCACCUCGACCCCGUCGACAACUACAAGAAGAGUAGACGAAUCUAUUAG